CCGCUUAUCUAAAAAGAACAAAGCCAAGUAUACAUAUAAAUUGGACCUUAUGAUAAAAACAAAAAAUUUAGCUUUUUUCUUAAGCAACUGAUCUAGAAAUAAAGAUUAUUUUUCCAGGAAUAAAGUUAUGCUCGCUGUUAAAAACAGAGCCGCACGCUGUUAGUCUCUCAACAUUGUUGUCGUAGUAAACAAAACAAUUUGAGAUUUAUUAAAAUUACGUAAAAAAAUACAAUAUAAAUCAUGUCCGGCAGUGCGGCACGGAGCAGCUACAAACUCUUUGUGGGCAAUCUUCCCUGGACUAUCAGCAAUAAGGAACUGCGCACAUAUUUCUCCCGUUUCGGCCAUGUGGCCAAUGCCGAGGUGAUCUUCGACAAAAAUCUGGGCCUGUCCAAGUACUACGGCUUUGUGAUGUUCAGCCAGCGCGACGCCUACAACAGUGCCAGCAACCAGAACACACAUCUCCUAGAGGGACGCGUGCUCAACGUGCAACGAGCCAACGAGCAUACAUAGCUUUAGUGAAGUAACGCAUUGUAAUCAAAAUAUACACACAAUUUUAUUA